UAGAAGAUACAGAAGACUUCUAACGCCUCAAUCUCAUCUGCGUCUAUUUGUGCGGCGGACGGCGGCGGUGCGUGGGGUGGACAACGACGGCGUGCGGUGGUCUGCGGUGGUCGACGGCGUUCGGUGCUUUGUGGUGGUCGACGGCGUGCGGUGGUUUGUGGUGAUCGACGGUGAAAAAGGCGACAUUUUACUUCAAAUUGACAGAAACCUAUAGGGCGUUGUGUAGAGGGGCCCAUCAUGAAACUAAGACCGUAUGCGGAUGCUUAUUAUUGGUACAAAUUUGGGCAUGGGAGCGAUUGCCUAUGGUUAGGCCACAAGGCGUUUUGCCUCAGGAAAUACUUGGAGAUUUGCCACUUGCAGCAAGGUGGAAUUGCCGGCAUUCAUGGCGUUCUGUCCUCGGACACGUAGAACGAGUUUAUCGCGACCAAUUCGAUCGACUUAGUGCAAGCAAAUUCAGUUUCACUCCAUAUGAUAACAUCUUGAAUAGCUUGCCCCAUUAUUGCAAAGCAGGGCAAGAGUUUUGGACAGCCCGAGUUCCUCUAAUUUUCUUUUACAUUGUUGAGUAUCAUUACCCAGAUAGGUUUUGUAGACAAUUUCAUGACUCAAAGUUGAAAGGAAAAUGUUCAUUUCUAUUGUCUUCAUCCGAAUUUUAUGAAGGUUGUGAGACUAUCUAUUCGGCUUCGGCUUCUGAUUCUGUAUUCUCCGACAAUUCGACUGGGUCAACAUACUCUUCGUAUGCACCAAAGCCUGCAGCAUUUGGAAUUUGUGGUGGAACAUUGACUUGUGGGGUAACAUAA